AGGCGACCAUGGCCUUGCUGGGCAAGCGCUGUGACGUCCCCGCCAACGGCUGUGGACCUGACCGCUGGAACUCUGCCUUCACCCGCAAAGACGAGAUCAUCACCAGCCUCGUGUCUGCCUUAGACUCCAUGUGCUCAGCGCUGUCCAAACUGAACGCCGAGGUGGCCUGUGUCGCCGUGCACGAUGAGAGCGCCUUCGUGGUGGGCACGGAGAAGGGGAGAAUGUUCCUGAAUGCCCGGAAGGAGCUACAGUCAGAUUUCCUCAGGUUCUGCCGAGGGCCCCCGUGGAAGGAUCCGGAGGCAGAGCACCCCAAGAAGGUGCAGCGGGGUGAGGGCAGCGGCCGGAGCCUCCCUCGGUCUUCCCUGGAACACGGCUCAGAUGUGUACCUUCUGCGGAAGAUGGUAGAGGAGGUGUUUGAUGUUCUUUAUAGCGAGGCCCUGGGAAGGGCCAGCGUGGUGCCGCUGCCCUACGAGAGGCUGCUCAGGGAGCCAGGGCUGCUGGCUGUGCAGGGGCUGCCGGAGGGCCUGGCCUUCCGGAGGCCAGCUGAGUAUGACCCCAAGGCCCUCAUGGCCAUCCUGGAACAUAGCCACCGCAUCCGCUUCAAGCUCAAGAGGCCACUUGAGGAUGGCGGGCGGGACUCGAAGGCCCUGGUGGAGCUGAAUGGUGUCUCCCUGAUACCCAAGGGGUCACGGGACUGUGGCCUGCAUGGCCAGGCCCCCAAGGUGCCACCCCAGGACCUGCCCCCCACCGCCACCUCCUCCUCCAUGGCCAGCUUCCUGUACAGCACGGCGCUCCCCAACCACGCCAUCCGAGAGCUCAAGCAGGAAGCACCUUCCUGCCCCCUUGCCCCCAGCGACCUGGGCCUGAGCCGGCCCAUGCCAGAGCCCAAGGCCACUGGUGCCCAAGACUUCUCCGACUGUUGUGGACAGAAGCCCACCGGGCCUGGUGGGCCUCUCAUCCAGAACGUCCAUGCCUCCAAGCGCAUUCUCUUCUCCAUCGUCCAUGACAAGUCAGAGAAGUGGGACGCCUUCAUAAAGGAAACCGAGGACAUCAACACGCUCCGGGAGUGUGUGCAGAUCCUGUUUAACAGCAGAUAUGUUCCUGAGUCGCAUCCAAAGAGUGUUGGGUGUGGAGUGGUCAAGACCUUGUUCCCCAUAAAGCCAGAGCUCCCUCUGGGGAGCUGCGCGGGGGAGAAGGCAGCUGCCCAGGAGUACUGGGGACCCCCCGGAUGGUGGGAACAGGGUCUGGCAGCCCAAGUGCCCAGGUCUGAAGCCGUAGCUGUGCAUGUGCCAUUCAGUGACCACCACCGAAGGGGACCUGGGGCAUCUCCCCAAGCCCCGGGAGAGCCCUCCAGCCUGCACCGUUCUCAUGCCUGUCUCUCUUCUCUCCCCAGGAUGUUUGAUGAGCGAAUUUUCACAGGGAACAAGUUUACCAAAGACACCACGAAGCUGGAGCCAGCCAGCCCGCCAGAGGACACCUCUGCAGAGGUCUCUAGGGCCACCGUCCUUGACCUUGCUGGAAAUGCUCGGUCAGACAAGGGCAGCAUGUCUGAAGACUGCGGGCCAGGAACCUCCGGGGAGCUGGGCGGGCUGAGGCCUAUCAAAAUUGAGCCAGAGGAUCUGGACAUCAUUCAGGUCACCAUCCCAGACCCCUCGCCAACCUCUGAGGAAAUGACAGACUCAAUGCCUGGGCACCUGCCAUCAGAGGAUUCUGGUUAUGGGAUGGAGAUGCUGACAGACAAAGGCCUGAGCGAGGACCCACGGCCUGAGGAGAGGCCCGUAGAGGCCAAGGCCAUUGGCAUCUCGGAGCCCGUCAAGGUGCCGUACUCGAAGUUUCUGAUGCACCCGGAGGAGCUCUUCGUGGUGGGACUCCCUGAAGGCAUCUCCCUCCGCAGGCCCAACUGCUUUGGGAUCGCCAAGCUCCGGAAGAUUCUGGAGGCCAGCAACAGCAUCCAGUUUGUCAUCAAGAGGCCCGAGCUGCUCACUGAGGGAGUCAAAGAGCCCAUCGUGGAUAGUCAAGAGAGGGAUUCCGGGGACCCUCUGGUGGACGAGAACUUGAAGAGACAGGGCUUUCAAGAAAAUUACGACGCGAGGCUGUCACGGAUCGACAUCGCCAACACGCUAAGGGAGCAGGUCCAGGACCUUUUCAAUAAGAAAUACGGGGAAGCCUUGGGUAUCAAGUACCCGGUUCAGGUCCCCUACAAGCGGAUCAAGAGUAACCCCGGCUCUGUGAUCAUUGAGGGGCUGCCCCCGGGAAUCCCGUUCCGAAAGCCCUGCACCUUCGGCUCCCAGAACCUGGAGAGGAUUCUUGCCGUGGCCGACAAGAUCAAGUUCACAGUCACCAGGCCUUUCCAAGGACUCAUCCCAAAGCCUGGUAAGAGGCACUGGCUGUGGAGGGGGCACUGGGAAUAG